AUGUCAGAGUCUGUUUUUGCGGGACUAUGUGAGAUAGUGGGAACCUCAGAACAGGUGACCAUCAGGAGGGAGGCAUUGGACUUUAAUGAGCUGCUAGACAGACAACUUAUAAGUUAUUGUGAGGUCAUUAUGAUGGUGAGUGGAAGUCAUAGAGAAGGAUUCAGACUGAGGGGAUCGGAUCUAGACCUGAUGUACUGGCCAAACACCCACCGAGUGAUCAUGAACAUGUCUCAGUCUGAAUUUUACAACACAGCCAAUACAACCAUGAUUCUCUCUGACAGUUCUGGAAGUCCACCAGGAUUCACUUUACUUCAGUUACUGACACCAUCAAGAUACCAAGAAUUACAAUUAGCAUGUGUCAUAAAGAAUGACAGAGUCUAUAUAUCUAGUUCUAUAUGGAGACAGAUCAUGUGUGAUCAUGCAAUUCCUAAUUCCAAAGUACAUGGACCCUGUGGUAGUGGUGCUUUGGGAACAAUGGAAUAUGACACUGCUCACUGUUUUAUUAGCAACUUUUGGCCUCCGUCUGCCUCCUCAUGGAUAGACAGAUGUCACUCAUGGCCUGAUCCUGAAGUUGUUAAUGACAUUUUCAAAAAUGGAUGUCACUUUGUAGCAAUAGGACACCCACUGGGACUUCAUGAAAAUGAAGAAUGGAGAAUGUCUUUUUCUCGGGCAGAAUAUAAACUAGUUUACUCAAUGAACCACUGUCAGUUUUUGACUUAUGGAUUGCUAAAACUGUUCUUAAAGGAAGUUAUAAAUCAACAAUCUGAAGAAGAAAUUAAUAAACUGUUGUGUUCCUAUCACAUGAAAACAAUUGUUUUCUGGGCGAUUCAACAAAACACACUGCCUUACUUGUGUCCACAAAAUUUCCUAGCCGGUUUCUGGGUCUGCUUUAAACUUCUCCUUAAAUGGGUGUAUGAGGGGAUCUGCCCAAACUUUUUCAUCCCCCGAAACAACAUGUUUCUGGCAAAGGUCCAUGGCUCAGCACAAAACAGAUUGUUCUUACAGCUACAUGAAUUAUACAAGAAAGGUCUGGCCUGUCUGUUAGAGAGUUUCUCUAUUAAGCCCUACAUUACUGAUGUACUGUACAAUCCUAGAGCUUUAAUAUGUACAGAUGAGAGACUAAUCUUGUCUGAAUUUGAUCAUGAUGCAGACCUUGUCCAAGAGUCCAUUAUUGCUAUCUCCAAAGAUUUUGCAUGGGGAGACUUAUAUUGUGUUAUAAAUGCCAUUCACACAAUAGAACAGUUUAUGCAUUUACCCUUGACACAAUAUCAAGUUGUCAAUUUACAGGCACUUACAACUUUUGUCUUUAAGAACUCUGCUUUCAUAUUACACAACAUGUACACGAACACUGGUGUCAACAAACAGAUGUAUGUUGCUGAUAAAAUGUUCCGUCACUUGCUGAAAUUAGCAGCCAAGUUUGGAUAUGUUUCUGACAUGUUAUAUCUUGCCAUAUAUUAUUACAAGACAUUCAGAUACAGGAAAGCUUUAUCUGUUAUAGAGAUGACAAAGGUCAAGUUAGCACAGCCAUAUUUGAUGUAUAUGGGAUGUGCGGACAGAGAUAAAUAUACUGAGGCUGUUGGGGGACAGUCCUGGCUUACAAAAAGACAGGCUAUAGCAAUGGAUAUCGGACUUGCCAACAAUAUCUGUCAAAUCAGUGAACUAAUACCAGAGCAACAGUCUGCCAUUCAGAACAGAUGGCCUAUAUCAACUAUCCCAGUGUUUGUAAUGUUACACUUCCUAGAUUUCUUGUGUAACAGACACAUUGAUACAACAUUAUCACAAGCAGCUCUAGAUGAGCUUCAGUUCCUAGUCCACCAUGAUUGGGUACUGAGUAUUGAUGAUGCAUACGGAGACAUCUCCUGGGAGAUCCUUGGGAUCUGUCAACAGAUCACAGGGAACCUCCAGGCUGCUCUAUACUCAUACCAACAGUCACUCACACAGUAUCCACACCACAGAAUACAAACUGCUACACAGAAAAGAAUACAAGAUCUGGUUCAGUAUGACCCAAACCUGUAA